AGUGGCAACCGAACCCAUUUUACGACAAAUAGCAAACACCAUUGAUACCUAGUGCAAAAAAACUGGUAGGAUAACACACUCCAAACCGCACACGUACACAAAAUGUCGACCAUGUCACGAAAAGAGGCUCUUGAGGAAUUUAUUCAAUUGCCUGUGAGCAAGGAGAUGAUCUCAUAUCUGGCUGUCAAGGCUGCCAACGUCAUUAAAUGUGAAAGCGACACCGCCUUGCCCCCAACGCCUCCAUCAACCCCACCGAAUGGCGAUGUCGAGCCAGAUUUUUCCGCCCUGAAGCAGCCAGCCCUACCAACUCUCGAAGAGUUCAUCACCUCGACGGUCGAUAGGUCCCGCGUUCAGGUUCCCACCCUGAUGUCGAGCUUGGUGUACCUUCAACGGCUGCAGAAGAGACUACCGACAGUAGCAAAGGGAAUGCGAUGCACGGUUCACCGCAUCUUCCUCGCGUCCCUGAUCCUUGCUGCUAAGAAUUUGAAUGAUUCAUCGCCAAAGAACAAACAUUGGGCUAGGUACAGCGUUGUCAAGGGAUUUGACGGGUUUGGGUUUUCGUUGACGGAGGUGAACUUGAUGGAGAAGCAGCUCUUGUUUUUGCUGGACUGGGAUUUGAGAAUCACUACUGAGGAUCUUUACGAGCAUCUUGACCCGUUCCUUCAGCCCAUAAUCAAGCAGCACGAGAGAGAGAUCGAGGAGAAGCUCGAACAGGAGAGGGAAUACGAAAGACACCAAUCGCUCAUGGAGCUACGGAUGGAAAUCAACAGCAAGUCACGACCACUGUUUACAUCGUCUAUGUCAUCUUCCUCCGCAUAUUAUCUUCCAGUUGUGACAUAUGGUGGAGACACGCCGCCGAGCCAGCAUUCUACUCCUCCAUCGUCAUCAUCGGGCCGCUCAUCGCGGGCUUCGGAACGAUCGGUGGAUUCAUACUACUCGCGUUCUGGCCGCUCGCAACGCCGUUCGAUCACCACCACGGUCGACUACUCCUCCUACCCAACACCCCCUUCUACCGCGCCGUCCUCAACAAUUAUACCCGGCCUAGCACGAAGUGGCACAGCAUCAAGUAUUGCUUCUUCUGAGGACUCAUCGCCGACUAUGCCUUCGGUCGCAACGAUGAGAGGUUUACUGCCUAUUGAUACCGGUAAAAAGAAGUCUAGCACAACAACCAGCCUUCUCGCCCGUUUCUUGCAGGGAGCUUCUUCACAGGAAAAGAGCAUAUCGAUGUCACGGUCAUCUUCUUCAUCGCGAUCACAUCAUUAUCAUUGAGGCGCUUUUCCCUUAUUACCCGUCAUAAUCCUUUCCUAACUGUUCCCACUCUAUACUAGUUUUUUUCUCCUAUUCUCUUUUCUCCUUGUCAUCUCGGGGCAGACGAUAGAGUCUGUUAAUAACUAGUACCAUUUCCUUCUGUUUGUUGUUUUUUUUUGUUUGGGGGCUAUGUCUGAUAUCGGAUACAAUGGGGGCGGGUGUGGUGCGGGCUAUGCGGAGUUUGGCAGAUUAAGGUUCGAUCGAACCCAUCUUGGGGUUUUCCUUUCCUUUUUCCUUUGGUCAUAGGUUUCCGCUUUUUGUUUUAUUUGCAUCUGCUUGGCUCGAAUCCGGUCGCAUGGUGAUGGAAAAAAGGACGGAGGGGGCGAGGCUUGUGGGGGUUUCUCAUCACCACUGUUACGGGAAUGGGUUUUUUUUUGGGUGUUAUGGGUUUUGUCUAUUAUUGGGUUGAAAGGCGGGGCGGGUGUCAGUACAUACUUUUUUUUCUCUUUCCGCGAUAUCCUCUUUCUCUUACCCUUCACUUUUGCAUCGCAUGAGUAUCUGUUUUUAUGUUCAUUUUCUUUUGGGUUUUUUUCUUGGGAAACCGGAUACCGGUACUGCGGUGUAAUAUUUCUUCAAAAAGCGAUUCUUGAAGUAUGUAUUUUGACUCUUUCCAUAUUCCCUUUUCCACGAUCUUGCUUUGUCUAUUGUAUACUAUAUAUUACAUUACAAAGGGGCUAUCAUCCAUCGUCAUCGUUGUCGUCGUCGUUAUUCCCGGUCCUGAGCACACUACAAUAUAGAAUGGGAUACCGCAACAUUGAUUGGGUGCUGCGGCGCCUUUUCUUUCAAAUGCGUGCUUGUGAGGUGAGCCGCCUUUGCUUCCCCUCUUUAACAACUUGAUUUGCUCAUACUUUUAUGUGCCUAACUCCGAAAAAAGCCCCACGGACAGGCGUUGUCUCGGGCGCACAGUAUGAUACUGUGCAGCGGCGUAUGAACACACGCACUCACUCUUGCAAUUGCUCGCGAACAAUAACAAUAACAGCGACCCACUACUAUACAGCGAGUGUCACAGAGCGAGGAACUAACGAAUUCGGCUCGAUUCAGCCUGAUUCUCUUUCGGUCUCAGCGCCUUCCGUCCCUUCCAUUAUUACUCGAGUACUUGCCCGUCGUUCGUCCUCGUUCUUCCCUCCGAUAUGGCGGUAUGCUAGGUUCCCCAGACCUUGCAAUGCGGUAGGUGGGAUGGGGCACCAGUGCUGUGCCGUCCUAGCGCUCGUAUGGUAACUUACGGUGCUGCACUCGUUCAGUACCGUCGGUGCACUCCAGGUGCUGUACCGUAGUGUAAUUCGCCGUUCCAUUUCCCCUAGGGAGUGUCCGUGCCACCGGUAUCUCACGAUCGUCACGAAACACCGUUAUCACACGAUAUCCAUACUACGGUACCGGUACCCGUACAGUACUAGCAGGAGGAGACAGACCUGAGGAAAGCACACCAAGUACUAUAUGAUAGUACGGUAACUUAUGUUGCAUCAUACCGAAAUCUUUGAACCCUCUCCCCCCCCCCUGCUGUACCACCUGUAAUCAGCAAUAUACAUGAAAUUCGACACCCACCCUCCGGCCCGGUACUAAUUCCUUGUUACAAGUAUUGUACGAGUAUCAUACCCUCCAUCCCUUUCCGUCCCACACGGCACCGGUAGUACAGUACCGUACCUGUACGAGUACCCACACCCCCUGUACUAGCUACUGUAAAGAAACUCGAAACGUAC